AUGGUCGCAACGCUGCCGCUGGAAGUGCUUCAGAUUGUGGCGCAGACAUGUCCUUGUCGAGAACCCCAGAUCAACGAUAUUGCAACGCUGUUCAAUGGAGUUUUUCCUCCUCCGCCUACAGUCGUCGCAUACGGCCUGCAAGGCUCCAGCAAGCUCGAAGUCAUCACUGCUGUUUUAAACGCCCAUAAACUCAAGCAUGCUGUCAUCAAGUGUCGAGAGUGCCUUUCGCAGCGGCACCUUCUAGGAAAGAUCUUUGCUGCAUGCGCGCAAGCGCUUGGACAAGAGGAGGCUGUUGAGCGAUACGACAGAGUCGACAGCCUCAAUGCUCUGUCUGUGAACCUUCAGAAACUUUUUCGUGGGUCCAAUCUAAGGACUGUCAUUGUCUUGGACUCCAUCGAUGAGCUCAAAGGGCCAGGCUCGACGCUGCUGCCGGCGCUGGCGAGGCUUGGGGACAUGAUAUCAGGACUGUCAUUGGUCCUUACCACUACAUCUGUUCGACCCCUAGCCCUCCACCGUCCGGGAGUUCCUCAUAUAUACUUCCCUGCCUACACAAGAUCUCAAGCGAUUCACAUACUCUGCCUGGAGCCGCCUGCUCUUCCUGACUCCGUUGCCCAGGGCUCUCGGAUCGAAGAUCUGGCCAGCAUUUACAAACAAUUCGCAAUCACCGUCUACGAUGCGCUAAUUGCGCCCACCACCACUUCUUUGGCCACUUUGCGCAAAGUCACUCACAGGCUGUGGCCCAGAUUCAUCUGGCCGGCUGUCAGCGGUGAGGCACCGCCAGGGAAGACGAAGAGUUGGGACUUUCCGCGUUUGCUCGUCCGGGGGCGGGCACUCUUCCACAGCGAGGGUGAAAGCGCACUGCUCGACACUCUACAAUCCACCGACCAAGCCUGGACUUUCGAUGAGCUCCUCCGUCAACACAAGCAAGGCCCUCCGCAGCCGGAACCAAAUUCCAACAGCACACUCUCCCGACGCUCGAACGCGGCUCCUACCCUGAUCUCGGACUCGACCCUCACUCACUCGGCAAAACCCCUCCUUACCCCCCUGGCCACUCUUCUACUCCUCGCCUCGCACCUCGCCUCCCACACCCCGCCCAAGCACGACAUCCUGCUCUUCUCACGCCUAAGCGCCACAUCAUCCAAGCACCGCAAGAUCCGCUACAUCAAGCGCGGCAAUCCCGGGUCCGGUACCACGCCCAAGAAAGCCAACGCAGACAACCGCCGCAAGGACAAGACUAAGUCCCUGGCGCCCAAGGCGUUCAGCAUGGAGCGGCUGCUGGCGGUGGCACGCGCGGUACAUCCCGAGGGGGUCGGUGGGGGAAUGCUCGCGGGCAAGGGAAAGGCAGCGAUGGGAGGAGGCGCAGAAGGGUGGAGCGAUCGAGUGGCGCAGGCGAUGGGUGAGCUGGAGCGUAUGCGUCUGGUGAGGAGGGAGGAUGACGGGCAUGAAGAUGGCGGGGGUGGGAAGUGGAGGGUCAAUGUUGGGAGGGAGGUCGUGGUGGAGAUGUCGGCGCAGCGUGGGUUGGGUGUGCAGGAGUGGGAGCUGGACUUAUAG